GUAAAUAGUUUUUGUGGGGGGGAUGUCUAGAAAUCACAAGGUUCAUUAAUCCAGAAUUUUGGAAACUACAGGCUCGUCAUCAAGUGAUAGUGAAUCAGAAGAAGAGGAAGAAGAAGGAGAAGGAGAUGGAGAAGAUAAAGGCACGGAAGGGGAUGAAGGCGAAGGAGAGGACGGAAUGGAAAUGCAGGAUGUGGAAAAUGGCCAUCAGCUCUCCGACAGCGAAGAUAAUAUUCGCUUGCCAGACAACCUUCCCACAGACCUGUUGCAGGUAAUCAACAGAUUAAAAGAUGAAGGACAUACCUGCAAGGGGUCAAGUCAGAAAUUCUUCACAGAUGCUGUCAAUAAAUUAUUAUUAAGUAUUGAGAUAAAAUUGAAUAAAUUGGGCGGACGCAAGAAGACACAGAUAUACAACUACCUUUCACAACACCUCCCAUGUGGAACGCAAACUAUAGUUAAAAGAGCAAAGAACCUUCUGGCAGAGAGGCAGGAGAAUAGAUUACGAGAACCACUCCAGAGAUUAAAGGAAGUGGUGGACAGUCACAUGCCCCUCAUGAUGGAGCAGCAUGCCCUAGAAUGCCAGAAAGCGGCUGAAUCCAACCCCCAACAGUACUGGGAGCUGUAUUAUCACUUCUGGGGUGAAAAUGGAGCCGCGCAGAAUGAGGAUGAGGAGACUCAGGACGGUGAUAAGAAGAAAUCGAGGCUUCCAAAGAAGAAAUUCUUAUUUACUGAAACCAUUAAGAAACAUUUGUGUGAAGUUGUGAGUGUUCGUGUAAAAUUUUUCCAAAUGAUGAAAAAGCGGUCCGAGACGCCAGAGGACCACAUACGCAUGUUUUUGGAUGCAGAAGUUCGUCCUCUCUGGCCAAAGGGCUGGAUGAACGCGCGAAUAUUAUAUAAAGAAUCCACAGAAGCCCAUUCAGUCAUCACGGAUAAAAGUAAUAUUAGGACAACCCCAGCCAAGAAAAUGGUCACACUAGGAGGGGGAAGCACCUCCAUUACCCCAACCACCCCCACACCACAACCUCCCAAACCCUCUCUCAGUGCAACUGCAGUUCCCAAGGCAGCUUCUCCUGCAGUUACAAGCACAUGUAAGAGUGAAGUAGUGAAAAAGAAAAUUCCACCAGUUGAACCGAAACCUGCCCCAGCCUCAAAGCCUGUGGUUGAGGCAGCUGUUGCAGGCAGUGGUGUCCUCAGUAUAAAAUCAGUUGAAAAGAUUAAUGAAGAAGUGCCAAAGAAGACUAGUAAUUCAGAAAUUUCAACUCAUAAAGUCAGUGACGAGGAGAGUGCAACAAAAAUUAAUGCCGUCAAGCCGCCGGUUAAAAAAUCUUCCGCAUCAUUCAGUGUCAUAGAUUUAUCGAGUGAUGAGGAUAAGUCAAUGAAUAGUAAAGUCGAAUCUUCAAGGGUUAAUCAGAUUGCCAAAUCUAAAGACACAGAAGCAGCACAAUCCAACAAGAAGGAAGUGUUGGCAACAUUCUCUAGUACAACAUCACUCUCGCCGAGUGUUAGUUCCUUGGCCGAGUCCAAGAAAGAAGAUCAUUUGGAGAAAGAAAUAGAUCUUGUUAUGAAUGAGAUACUAAUGAUUUCAAAGCAAAAAUCGGUUGACGAAACAGUAGAAACUUUGUCUCCGCGUGCAACCAAAGAGAGCCAUGUCAGCACUGCGGUGCCUGCGACCUCCAAGCCUCAAAAUCCAUAUCAAACGCAAGUACAAGAAACAAGCCACCAACAAAACAAUUUGGAGAAAGAAAUGGAUCUUGUUAUGAAUGAGAUACUAAUGAUUUCAAAGCAAAAAUCGGUUGACGAAACAGUAGAAACUUUGUCUCCGCGUGCAACCAAAGAGAGCCAUGUCAGCACUGCGGUGCCUGCGACCUCCAAGCCUCAAAAUCCAUAUCAAACGCAAGUACAAGAAACAAGACACCAACAAAACAUGCAGCAGUCUCCAGUACAACACAAGCAUCAGCUGCAUAACAGCGCUUCCAAGCAGGAUAAAGAAAAACCCACAGAAGUGCAGCAUCAAAAGCAGGUGUCCCAGCAGAGUUCACCAGUACAGCAAAAGGCUAGUCCUAUCCAACUAACUUCCCCAGUUCAGCAACAGCUCUCCCCAGUGACGAAACCACAGCCUUCGCCAACGCAGAAACAACAGCCCUCCCCAGUGCAAAAACAGCAGUCCACCUCUUCGCAAAAACAGCUGUCAUCCUCAGUGCAAAAACAGCAGUCAUCAGCCCAGAAACAGCAAGCUAAUUCUAUGCAGCAACACUCAUCUUCUCAUCAGCAGCAAUCUAUGCAACAUUCGCAGUCCGUCAGUCUGCAGCAGACCACAGCACAACACUCCCUCUCUGCUCAUCAGAGCAAACCACCACAGCACACCUCGCAUCCUCAGCACCAGAAGAGUCAAACACAGGAUCAACAGCAGCAGUCUGUAAAGCAAGAGUCAAGCCAUCAGAAAUCACAGUCACAACCAUAUAGCAUGUCUCACCACCAGCAAAGCUUGGGGUCGUCGUCUUGGAAUAAGCUUGAUAUUUCACUACCAGCGAAAAAUUCAUCAGUCAGUACAAACAAAACACCUUCUUCAUGGUCAUCGGGUCAUGACGUCAACCCAGCUAGGCAAAGGCAAACAGAAGCGCUACCUAUUGUCUCCUCAUCAGAUCCAUUGGCAAACCUGAGAAUGAUGCACGGUCUCAGUGUAAGCAGCGUUACCAAAAAAUCAUCCUCAUCCUCAUCCUCCGUCUAUCACAGUCCAGCAGCGUUGGCCGCGUCAUCGACAGGAUCAUAUAGCCUAUCAGGUACCAAGAAGAGCAGUGGAAAUAGUAGUAGCAGUGCGAUGCCCAGCAUUAGUAGCAGCACCUCAUCACACAGUCGACCUGUUACCACCACAAAUUCUUCAAGUUAUUCUUCCAGCCAAGCCAAACAUUCUGCAUCCUCUCAUUCAUAUUCACCUCAGGCCUCCAAACACACUGCCACGCCUCCCAAACCAAGGCUGGAUCCGUACUCUGCCUCUGUUAGUCAGUCUAUAUACAACAGCAUAAGUCAAGAUCAACAGUUAAAGGCUUUCAAGCAACAGCUACAGCAACAUCAACAGUCAAAUCACCAUGCAAGUCAACAACAGCAAGAAUUAUGGCAACAAAUGAAUGCAAGUGGUUACCUUUCAGGAAUGAGCGGAAUGUCAAACACAGAAGUAUACAAGUUGAUGUCGCAGAUUGGCAAGCCGAUGGAUUCGUACACUUCCUCCUCUCAGCCAGGGCUGUAUCCGCCCAUGGGCACCCCCACGUCAGAACAGCCUCACCACUCCCUAUUUGGAGGAGCCUCAGGGGGGGCCUCACAGCCUCACCACUUGUCCCCCCACCACCUCCACCCUACUCAUGGAGGUUCUGGCCAGCAUCACGGAAAAUACUGAAGGCAGAUAGUUAGAAUAGAGUCAUCUAAUGAAGAGAACCUCGCAUAUGGCAGAUCUAAUACCUGAAUGUACAACACCAGUCUGACACAGAUCAUGUACAAAUGUUUCAAACUGGAAAUUUCAAGCGAUGGUAAAAAUUUAAUUACGAGAAUGUCAAAAUUAUAAGGUUGAGUUGAUUUCAGUCUAUAGUGGAUAAGCUCAGAUAACAAAAUUAUUUAUACAUAAACACAAGAAAUAUAGCUUAUAGAUUACCCUGAUAUCAAGAUAAAUGCUUGUCAAUCCUACUCUUUGUUGAUAUUAUGUCUUUAGAUGAAAAUAAGUUGUUGAAGUAUGAAUGUGUUAGCUAGUAUUAAAUUAAUCAGUGCAAGUGUUUUGAUAUUUGCUGACAAUGGCAGUAAAUACAAGCCGGUAUUUAAAACAGUUAAUCAAACACAAACACAGAUGGAAACACACAAAACUAAAAUGACAAGAACCGUAAAUACAUUAAAUACAAACACACACACAAACACAAACAAACACAUUCUACAAGUAAACUGUACAGACAAGGCACUGUCUCUCAUUUAUAUGAUGGUGACAACUUCCAUUAUAUCAAGCAUAUCAGACAAGCCACUGGUAGUGCGUGAAGAGCUGAACUAUUUACACAAGACCAGGGUUAACUGUUAUCAGGGAACAGCUAUUUCUAUCUACAUGAUCAACACCACUGGUUAGUGAUAUUCACCCAUUGUUAUAAAUGACUUGAGAAAUGGCACUCACAUUACGUGGUGUGGUAAUUUUUCAGAGGAGAUGUUCGUUUAGCAGUACGCCUUUUCGGUCUGGUAUAUAAUUUAUUUAUUUGAUUUAUUUUCAGACUAUUGACAUAAGGAUUAACAUUUGAUGUAUUGAAGUACAGUUAUUGAAAUUGUUUAAAGGUCUAAGCACAGGACAAUAUUCUUUGAUUUUUUUUUCUUAAAAUUUUUUUUAUUGGAAGACGUAUUAUGCAUAUACUUGCAGAUAUUUAUAAAGAACGUAAUGAGUUCAAGUAAUUUCUGAUACAGAUAUUCCUUAGUUUUAUCCAGAUUAAUGACAUGCACAUGUGUUUACAUGGGUAACUACAUAUAAUAAUUCAAAACAAAGUUAGCACAGAUGGUGAAAUAAUGCUUAUCCGAGUUGAAUAAGGUUGAUAAAAAUUUGACACUUAAAAUUAGUUGGAAAUUAAUGUUAAAAAGAUAUCUACAGGAAAACUGUAGUUCAGUAUGAUGAGUGACCAUAGUACAUGGUGAAAUGGCCGAAGAUUAUAAAACGACAUUGAAAUAGUGAUUUUCCACGUAUAGUCGAUCUCAUAAAUUUUACAGAUUUUGUGUGUAAAGUCAAUAUAGGUAUGUGAAUGGAUCCUAGUUGUCAGUGAGAAUACUGUAUGAAAACAUUUAUUGAAUUUCUUUUGUCUGCAUAUACAGAAUUUCCAUAUAUUUUAUGUAUUUAAAUUAAUAUAAUAUGAAUGCUUAGAAAUA